AAUGUACUUAGUACUUUGCAUGGGUAAUCUGCGAAUUUGUGUCUAAUUAUCGCAAAGAUAACAAUUUGACAGACUGCAUCGCGAAUGAUGACAUUAAAUUGAUUUUGCCCACUCGGGUGGUGAAUUUAUUUUUACAGUACGAGCACGCAGUUUAGUUAUAGCCUGCUGUGAAUGAUCGUACACUCGCCAAUAUUUUUUAAGUACUCAGUUUCACUAACUGUGGUUAACUGAAUAGUUACGCGUUGCCGGUUAUUUUGUUUAGUUGUUCUGGUGUAUUCGAGUUUAGAAUUGCUACAUUUUCAAGAUGUAUAAAAAUUAUCCAACUGUUCCAACGGUUAAAGCCAACCCCAAUUUUAACGUUCCAGAAUCCGGAACCAUUCUCAGAAAUGCAAUGAAAGGUUUUGGAACAGACGAGGAUAAAAUAAUUGCAACUUUGACCAGUUGCAAUCUUAAACAAAGACAGGAGAUCGCUAAAUAUUUCGAGCGUGAGCUCAAUAGAGAUCUUGAAAAGGAUCUCAGAAGCGAAUUGGGAGGAAAUUUCGAAAGCUUGAUAGUAGGAUUGAUUACUCCACCAGUUGAAUACUUAGCUCGACAGUUGAAUAAAGCUUUCAAAGGUGUUGGUACGGAUGGUAAUGCAGUGAUUGAGAUUCUCGUUACGAGAUCCAACGAAGAAUUGAAAGAAUUAGUCAACAUGUAUGAAAAAUUGUACGAUCGACCCUUGGCAGAACAUUUGGCCAGCGAGACCUCCGGCGAUUUCAGAAAAUUCUUAACUUUCAUUGUAACUGGUGUACGCAAUCCGCCUGGAAAAGUUAACGCUGAUAAGGCUCAAGAAUUAGCCGAACAAUUAUUCAAAGCAGGCGAAGGAACAAUCGGAACUAAAGAAGAAGUUUUCAAUAGAAUAUUAUCUCACGAAAGUUACGAUCAAUUGAAACUGGUAUUUGAGAAAUAUAAAGCUGUAUCCGGUCACACCAUUGAACAGGCAUUAAAUUCCGAAUUAUCUGGAGACCUGAAAACUGCCAUGUUGGCUAUCGUUGAAUGUGUCCAAAGUCCACCGACAUAUUUUGCCAAACAACUCAAUAAGGCCAUGAAAGGAAAUGGAACUGAUGAUCAAACUUUGAUCAGAAUCAUCGUUAGUCGCAGCGAAAUUGAUUUGGAGAAUAUUAAAAGAGAAUACGAAAGACUUUACGAUAAAACUUUGGAAAGCGCCAUUAAAAGUGAAACUUCGGGCGAUUACAAAAAAGCUUUGAUUGCCUUACUUGGUGGAGCUUAAGAAGAACACAGAUUUAAAAAAAAAUUAACUUUAAAAUUUUUACAACAGUUUACCUACUUAUAUUUUAUAAUCUUAUUUUCUUAGAUUCUAUACUCGUGCAUUUAAUUACAUAUCUUUAUAUGUAUUUCCAUUCCGAUUUUUUUUUUCAAAUUUGAAAAAUCACUUUGCUAAUAAUAAAGAAGCUUAUUAUGUU